CUAUACAACAUGCGAAACAGACAAAUGACAAUAGGCGAACAGUUCUCGUAACAUAUUUUCACUUCGCUUAGCAAGGUGCCGUAAUACAGUGGACGUUUGAUCGUUACUUGAAUCUGUAUAUUGUUUACAUAUUAACGCAUUAUUAAUAAUCUGAGCAGUUUUUUUCUAUUAAGAAGUGAAUUGCUGAAAGCAAUUAGUUAUUAUUGUCGACAUGUAUGGUUUAUAUAAAGAACGAGACAAGUAUUUCGUGCAAAUUCGAAAUAUGUGCAAUAAGAAAAAGUUGAUUACACAAAAUGGUAAGUGUGAAAUGCUUAAUAGAAUAGCAAAGAAUUUAAACACAAGAAUACCACUUAUGCGACUAAGUGCGACUAAAAAUUGCAAUGAUGUUAAUGCUUAUAAACUUAAAUGUAAUCUCGGAUUAAAAAGCAAUUUUCAAACAUUACCUAAUAAAGAUAUAAGCACUGAUAAGUUACUGAAACAGAAUAAUAUACUAUUUGAUAUAUAUAUAUAUAAGUGAUGAACUACAAAAUCAAUUCUUUUGCAAUGAUUUAGAGAUUAAUCCAUCUGAUUCUGGAACAAAUAUCAAAUAAUAAUGUUAUUUUAGAUUUUGACAUUAAUUUACCAGUCAUAUUUUUAGUUGAUGAGUUGAAUGAUUUUGAUUUAAGUUCAAAUACAGAAUUAAGUUGUCAAAAUAAAGAAGGAAAUGACAUAGUUAA